ACACAAGGACCUUCGGGAUACCGAGAAUCGACCCUGAAUAAUAAUUAGGCCAUUUACAGAUCUAGCUUAGGCUUAACGUUUGAGGGUAUAUUAACUUUACUGGAAUUUUGGAGAGCUUUUAGGUAUAACUCAUUGCUUUGAAAAUAAAGUGAAUUUUAUUACGAUAAUGACCUUAAACAUUUUUCUUCCAAAUCACGAUAAGGGAUGACAUCUGAGAGUGUACGUAUUAGUACUAAUACCACUGACUUCAGUAAGAUUUGGGGAAAGCUUGUACUGAACUCAUUAUCGUUAGUUUCGAUAUUAAAUUUAAAGAGUGGAGCUCUUUAAAUUUUUUCGCCAGUAUUAAUUCUGAUAAUAUUAGGCUCUAAGUUACAGUGUUAAGAGUAGCAGCUUUCGUAUCCUAGAUGUGAGUUUAAGUUGUGUGAUUUUUGUUAAUACGAGUAAAACGUAAAAAAGAAGAAAAAAAAAUACUGUAAAAUAUACCUUAAGUUAAAUUUGAACAUUAAUUCAUCUGCUGAACAGCACAAAAAUAAUACUAUUACUAAUAAUAAUAGCCUAAAAUAUUAAUACUUCUGUAUCGUUAUAUUAAUAUUAUUAUUUAGGUUCAGGAUCAUUUUAUAAAUAAUAUUUAUUUUACAUUUAAUGAUUUAUUUAGGCCUAUGUGUUUUACUUAUGCAUCUUUACGUAACUUUUUUAAAAGGUAUAUGUGGUGAAUUGACGGGUUUAACUUUUAAGUUUAAGACCAAAUGGUAGUUUUUAAGAAGCACUAAUUGAUUAUUAAACUAAAGAUUGACAUCUCUCAGUAUCCCUGUUAGUUUAGUACUGGAGUGAACAUUAGAUAUCUGAUGCAUUAGUCUAACUUAACUUUUCUGUGAAGAGACUUGUCUUAAGUUAAAUAAGCACAGUUAAAUCUUGGUACACUACUCCUAUAGUUCUGCCAGUUAAUUUUGUGUACUCAUAUGUGAUCAGAAAAGCUUACAGCCAUGCCAAAUUUUAGUGGAACCCUGAAACUUAAGUUGUGUGAAGCAAUUGAUUUAAAACCCACGGAAUAUGCUACAAGGCAUGCAAAUGUCGUGGGUAAGCAACAGCUAGCUAUCGACCCCUAUGUUUCCAUUGAUAUUGAUGAAGUUCACGUUGACCGAUCAUCAACUAAACAAAAAACUUUCAAGCCUAUCUGGAAUGAGUUUUUUACAUCUGAAGUUCACAAUGGACAGAAUCUGGGAUUGACAGUAUUUCAUGAUGCAGCUAUUCCUCCUGAUGAUUUUGUAGCUAAUUGUACAAUAUCUUUUGAAGAAAUACUGACAUCAUCAAAGGAAGCCAACUCUAAUGAAUCAGAUAUAUGGGCGUACUU